AUUGGAAAUAGGGAAAAACAAGAGAGGAAAAUGGUAGCUGAGGCGGUGGCUGUGGUGGGCGGGAGCGAGCGAACUAGUUACCCCUACUCGCUAGAAAUUAGACAUAAGCGAAUAACCCUCCCUCCUCUCGGCUCCACUCCACCCGUCUGAUAUGGGCUCACACUGAAUAUCCACAAAAGCUAUCUCUUCCAUAUCACAACCUUUUUUUUUUCUCUUUUAAAACUUUCCUAAUCAGAAAAAGAAAAGAAAAGAAGCUUUAUAUAGUCUCGAAACCAACAAUAGAUAAGUAUAGUUGCCUCUACCCCCCACAGCGUCCCUUUCCUUCUCCGCCUCUUUCUUAUAAUCUUUGCGUGUGCUUGCUCUCCUUCCUGUUGUCUUCUGCUUUCUCCUAUUAAUAUCUACACACACACGCACGUCUUAUUCAGUACCUCUCCAAACUCAGUUCUUUCUUCCUUGUUAACUUCUCCGUUCACCCGUCUCUCUUCUUCUUCUUCUUCUUCUGUGUCUUCUCUUUGUGAGUUUGUGUUGUUCUCAAUGUUUUAAUAUAUUAGUGAUACGUUAAUUAUUUAAAAAAAAAAACAUCUUUGUGAAGAAAAUGAUAGACAGGAAAGAGUGGUAAUAUUCCGUUUCGUCUUUUUCUCCCCCUGUUUUGAUGAACAAUAUGACAGUUGAAUAUAAGGAGGAGCAAAUAAAGAACUCAAGAGGAGCUUUGCUUUUCACCUGCAGAUGGUUACCUUUCUCUCCUACAAAGGCUCUUGUUUUCCUUUGCCAUGGUACCCUCUCUCUCUUUUUCAAUUACUAGGGGAUGGAAACCAACAGCUUCCAACCCGCUCAAACUCUACAGGGGCGACUUCGUCUUUGAAAACUGAGUUUCAAUGCGGGUUAUGGCAUGGAGUGCAGUGGAUUCAUGAAAGAAUGUGGAACCAGGCUAGCCAAUGCUGGAUAUGCGGUGUUUGGGAUUGAUUACGAAGGACAUGGCAAGUCCAAGGGUGAUCGAUGUUAUAUUAAAAAGUUCGAUAACAUUGUUAAUGACUGCAGCGAAUUUUUCAAAUCUAUCUGUGCUCAGGAAGAAUACAGGGGAAAGAGCAGAUUUUUAUAUGGAGAGUCAAUGGGAGGUGCAGUGGCCCUACUGCUUCAUAGAAAGGACCCUUCCUUUUGGAAUGGUGCUGUUCUUGUUGCACCCAUGUGCAAGAUAUCAGAGAAACUGAAGCCACAUCCGGUGGUGAUAAAUAUAUUGACUAAAAUGGAACAAGUUAUACCUAGAUGGAAGAUAGUACCCUCAAAAGAUGUAAUUGACUCAGCAUUCAAAGACCCUGUUAAACGUGAAGCGGUAAGGAACAAUAAGCUGAUAUACCAAGACAAACCUAGACUGAAAACAGCGUUGGAAGUGCUCAGAACCAGCAUGAGCAUUGAAAAUGGUUUGAAUGAGGUGAGACUCCCCUUCUUUGUGUUGCAUGGGGAAGCAGAUACAGUGACAGACCCUGAAGUAAGCAAGGCACUGUACGAGAAAGCGAGAAGCACUGACAAAACCAUAAAAUUAUAUCCGGGGAUGUGGCAUGGCUUGACAGCCGGAGAGCCCGAUGAGAACGUGGAAAUGGUGUUCGCGGAUAUCAUAGGUUGGCUUGACAAGCGCUGCAAUGCUGUAACUUUAGACCAAAGUCUGGGUCCUUUCGAUCAAGGUUCGGAAGAAUGCAGUGAUAAUAUAGUGAUUUCGAUGGCAACAGCCAGUGGCGGAACACAAGCAAACGGGAGAUAUUUGUGUGGUUUGAAGGGACCACGCGCACGGCCUCACUCGGCAAUGUAGGCUGAUCGUAUCAAGUUAACUAAACGUUGUCUCUGAAUAUUGCAAAAUAUUUGAAAGGGGGAAUUAAAGGAAUAAAAAAAAGAAAGAAAGUUGUUUGCUA